AUGCCAUCACCCAUUCCUCUUAAUUGUUUUCUCCAUUUUGAGUUUUCCCCAUCUGCGGACUUGCGACCUUGCAGCAGCCCUUUAGUUAUCCCUGGCAAAGACAGGAAGAGCUCCCUGGGAGGAACUCCAUCUAUCAGGAGCCGCCGCUUGCCUCCACGCUUGGCCUGGUGCUCCAUUGACUGGGAUCAGCUCUGCCUCCUACAGCCUCUUGGCUCUGGGGGCUUUGGUUCUGUCUACAAAGCCACCUACCAUGGUGCCACUGUGGCUGUGAAGCAGGUGAAGAAGAACAGCAAAAACCGGCUGGCAUCACGGCAGAGCUUCUGGGCUGAGCUGAAUGUUGCCUGGCUACAGCAUAAUAAUGUGGUACGUGUGAUGGCUGCCAGCACCUGUGCCCCAGCCAGCCAGAACAGCCUGGGCACCAUCAUUAUGGAGUACGUGGGCAACAUCACCCUGCACCAUGUAAUCUAUGGCACUGGAGGUGUGUGGGGACAGGGUGAAGAUGAUGAAGGAUGUGGAGGGAAGGCCCUCAGCAUGGCAGAGACUGUAUGCUAUUCUUGUGACAUUGUGACUGGCUUAGCCUUUCUUCACGCACAGGGCAUUGUGCACCUGGACCUGAAGCCUGCAAAUGUCUUCAUCACUGAGCAGGGAGUGUGCAAGAUUGGAGACUUUGGGUGCUCCCAGAGGCUGGAGGAGGGCUUGUCCCAGAGCUCCCAUGUUUGCCAGCAGGGGGGCACAUACACACACCGUGCCCCUGAGCUCCUCAAGGGCGAGAGGGUCACUGCCAAAGCAGAUAUCUACUCGUUUGGCAUCACCCUCUGGCAGAUCGUCAUGCGGGAGCAGCCCUACCUGGGCGAGCGGCAGUACGUGCUCUAUGCUGUGGUAGCCUACAACUUGCGCCCUUCUCUGGCUGCUGCUGUGUUCCAUGAGUCACCGGUGGGACAGAGACUGAAGAGCAUUAUCAGCUGCUGCUGGAAGGCUAAUGUAGAGGAGCGCCUAAGUGCAGCCCAGCUGCUUCCCAGCCUCACGGCCCUUAAGCAGAGCCUCUAG